UUACCUGAGUGAGAUACGCGUGAUGCUGUACACAUGAUUGUCACAUUAUGGAUGCCUGACUUUUAAUUAUCGUAAUCUCAUGAAAAAAAAUCCCUCGGGAAGUUGGAUAUGUAACGAAGGAGUAAAAUCUGUGGUAGAUACAUUGUAAGAACUAGGCAUGGAUUUUUUCAAACAGUUGAUUAAUUUUGUGAUUUUGGCCUCUUCACUUGUUGCACUAGUUUCUGGACAAUGUACUUUUCGUGACCAGUGCUCGUGUACAAUGGCGGAUGGAGGCCUUAUAGACUUGACCUCACUAGGCAACCAGAACCAGCUCCCGGCGUUCCCAGACACCUACGCAAUGGAUGGCUACUUUUACUCCUACAAUCCAUGUUACUCAUUUAUAGAAGGUGCUUGCACGAACGCCGCAGCUUGUCAGAUAAUUGGUGACCAAUCGGCUCAAUAUCAGAUAGGUGAUGCAAACUCCGCCAUGUUUGAUUUCGAUGGCAUCAAUGUCCACGUUAAGUAUUCCUCAACGGACUCAACUGGUCUGACCAGAAAUCUGGACGUGACCUUGGUGUGUGACAUGUCGGGACAGCCCGCGAGUUUUCAGCCACAGGGUGAAACUGGAGGUUUGGACUAUGCAUUUACACUUACGACAAUAUGCGCAUGUCCGAACGGAUGUGGAGCCCCUCCUCCAACGGACCCUUUUACAACUACGGCAGGUCCAGGACCAAGACCCGAUAAUUCUGGAUCAAAUGAUGAUGGGGGAAUCAGUACAGGAAGUAUAUUAUGUAUAGUAGUUCUUGCCAUAGCGGUGACGUACCUUGUAGCGGGCACGGUAUUUACUAUGGGCGUGCGCAAAAGCCGCGGAAAAGAGGCUAUUCCGAAUGUCACUUUCUGGACAGCACUUCCGGGACUCAUCAAGGAUGGCUUCAAAUUCACGUACCAGAAAAUCCGCCCGGGACAUUAAAUGCGAAUUUGUAAAUCUCAAAAUGUUCCAUCGAACCCUGGAUGCAUAGUGACAAUUGGAAGUGAUUGAAAUCAAUCAACAUUUCCCCAAAUAUCUUCAGCUAACACCUGUCUAACUUGGUAGACGAUGUCCAAAAUGAACAAUAUCUGGAGAACCCAUUCGAGACUUUUAUCGUAAGAAAAGUCGAGAUGGUAUUUUGUUGCUUAUAUUGGAAAGCUCUUGCAUCUAGUGUCAUUUUAAUAAAAUAUCAACAGGUUAAAUGAUUAAUAUUUGCGAAAUGUACCGGUAUGCACUAGACAAAAUUGCUAAUCCACCUUUAGAGAAAAACGUUUACCUUAAUAAAAAUAUAUGCAUAGUUGAUUUAUAGAUCGGUUACCAUAUUUGGAUGUAGGGCAUUUAUUACCCAAACUGAUAAAUGAAUCGCGCUCAUUCUUCCUGAAUAUAUUUUUGUGUAUAUGUUCUUCAUGUCUGUGUUGAUGAAAAUAAACUCGAUAAAAAGCU